ACAUUACUUCAGUUUCGUCGAACGACUUUGCGCGAGUAUGAAGUCCUUUUUGUUGAAGCAGCAGUUUCCGGACCACGAUAAGGCACUACGGCACGCGGAGGAUUCCUUGGAAGCCUUCGAAUCCAAGAGCAAUCACGGCGUUCCGGACACUCUCGUUCGACAAGCUUGCGCUUGUCCCCAUCUGCGGGAAGUGCUCCCUGAUGCGCUACAGCUCGAUUACGUGGAAACAUCCACGGGCAAUUUUGUACUGGCGAAUCCGGUACACAGUUUGCAUCUAACAGCGCAUCUGGAUGCCGCCUGGCUCAAGGCUCUGAAAGAGGAGCCCAUCAUGUACGGGGAAGAACAAGAACGGAUGAUGGCUGUGCGCACACCCGGACUCGCCGAGACCUUUCAUCCGUGGCUCAAAUCGCAGACACUGAUUCCGUUUCAGCGGACCAGAGUGGAAAGCGAAACGGACUCGGUCAAAGCAUCAGCAUCAGUGGAACCCCCUCCUCACUCAUCCAAUAAGGACGACCUGGAAAAGGCAAAGGUUCCCAUAGCAGCGGGAGUUCCUGUUCAGAAGUCUCUAGAUGCACAGUCUACCGAAACGACCGCUACCCUUGCAGAUGUCACUUCCUCCGGUGGCGAUAGUAUUUCCCGUACGAUGCUCCCUCCAGACUCCCUUACAAAAGAACUCUUGAAGAAGAGUGCGAGUGGUGCAGUGGAAGCGAAGGAGCUGUCUUUGUCGAAUCCUGAAACAAGUCUUUCCAACGAAAAAAGUAAACUCCCUUUGGCAAGCGCUCCCUUGGUCAGUGAGACAGCCCAAGUCGCUAUUCCUGCGUCCAUCCCCUCGUCCGCAGGCAAAUUACAGCCGCCGGUAACCCAGGACUCAAUCGCUUCGCCCUCGAUGACACAUACUUCAAAUACCGCGACAUCAAUACCCAAGCCUAUUUCGGUCAAGACGGAUCAGGGUCUCCCCUCGUUAGCGUCGCCGGCUCAGGACGCCAAUCAUUUAAGCGAUACUCGGUUUUGGUCCCUCCAAGCACAAGAGGAUCAAAUCCGCAUUCUGCACCGCGCUCUGUUGUCGAAACGCACAGCCGCACUCGCCAAGAGCAAAACAUCCGCUUCCAUUUCCACUGCGGGCAGCCCGGCAACGAAAAAACGCAAGGCCGAAAGCAAAGCCGUCAGUAUUUCGAGUCUAUCCGCUUGGAAGCACUACGAAAACAACGUACCAACGGCGGUCCUGACGCCAGACGAGGAAGACGAUUAUCACGACCAGAUGACGGCAGCUACUCGAAAGGUGGAGAAGUGGAUGGAACACUACCGACUCGCUCGAGAAAGUUAUUGGCAAAUGCGAAAGCAGUCGGGUAUGGGUAUCGAAACGUCACAGACCAGGCCGUUUGGGGCAAUGGAUGAUGAUUCUGAAGCGGGAGUUGAUACGGGAGGUCUCCUCUGUCGACAGUGCUUUUCGAACGAACCAUCUUGGAUGCCAUCUCUUUCCGGAAAGCCCAAAAUUCGGCAAAUCUGUCGUGGUGACCAAUUGAUGCGCUGUUUGGAAUGCACAUUUGUCGGGUGUGGACCUUCUUCUACCGCACCCAGCUCAGAGCAGCAUAUUCUUCGGCAUUUUUUACUUUCAAAUCACAAGCUUGGAGUCACGUGUGGUCGGGAGGCCCGCGUUUACUGUUUGCAAUGCGGAGACUUUGUAUACCAUGAGAUUUUUGACCACGAAAGGGAUCGUGUUGAUCUGGCAACGAAAUUGCCGUGGCAAGCGUGGAAGCCACAUCCUGUCCAGCGGUCCUUCGACGCUCUCCAGUUUAUGCGAAUCCAGGACCAGGGUAUUUUCUGGCGAGGAAUGAUUGCCGCCUUCCCACCUCUGGUCCCGAUCGAACAUGUUCGUGCCGCUCAAUUUUGUCGUCUUCGGCAAGUGUUGUUUAGCGGCGAAUGGGAUCUGUUACCGCUGAUGACGAGUAGCACAGCGAAGAGUUUUGCUCGCGCGCAAUGGGAGAAGCCUAUUUUCCAACGAGGGCGGAUACUGGCUCCUGUUGGUAUGUACAACCUUGGAAACACUUGCUAUCAAAGUGCUGUGUUGCAAUGCCUCGUGAAUUGUGCACCAGUUCAAAAGUAUUUCCUGGAACAAGUAGGCCACCAUCAUAGUUCGUGCCAAAUGUACCGGAAGACGGCAGGACGAUCUAUGUCGUCAGCUUCUUCAUCCAAGUCGAAGGCCCACAGCGUCUGUCUUGCGUGUGAAAUUGAUAAAAUUUUGCUUGAUUACGUUGGUAGUAGUAUGGGGAUUGAUGUACGGCAAGCAUUGUUAGACGUUUGCCUGCCGGAACGGCGAAUCUUUUUGCAAGCGUCGACGAAGAAAGCGAGUUCUACUUUCAACACUCCCAUAAAGCAAGGCGAGCCACUGGCCCCGACCGAGAUGUUGGCAGCAACUUGGGUGUGUAAAGGGAUGGAGCAUUUGGCGGGGUACGAGCAACGUGAUGCACAUGAGUUUCUACACGGCUUUCUCGAAGCUCUCGGCAAGCACACGCAAUUGUAUCGAGAAAAGAUGUACAAAAUGAUCAGCACAGUUCAGCCGUCUAACGCCCUCAUGCCUUUGGAAAAUCCUAUUGAGCACGACUUUGUGAAGAAGACCUUUGAAGGCAAACUUCGGUCUGUCCUCAUAUGUCAGGAAUGUGGAUCGAAGCGUACUCAGCUAGAGUCUUUUCUGAGCAUUUCCUUGCCUCUGUCUUCUGAGGUUCAGAGGGUUACUACAGCUUUACCUGGCGAUUCAGACCCGUACAUUGCAAAUGGUAAGCUUUCGGUGGAGCGUUGCCUACGGCAUUUCACUCUUCCAGAGUUGCUAUCAGCUCCGAUUGAUUGCCCAUCAUGUAAAAAGAAAACCCAGACGAAGAAGCAGCACGUUGUGUCGAAGCUACCCAACGUUCUCUGCCUACAUUUAAAGAGAUUCGAUGCUGCGCAAAAUAAAAAAAUUGAAGACUUUGUCGCAUUUCCGGCUCGAAACUUGAACAUGGGUCCCUAUCUUCCACAUUGGUGCGAGGUCACCAGUGCUCCCGAGAUAGGCGGCAACUCUCUUCAAAGUGCACAGGUAAUGUACAGUCUUUUCGCAACGGUCAAUCAUUUCGGGAAUUUACAAAGCGGUCACUAUGUUGCUAAUGUUAAGGUCAAUGAAAAAUGGUUUCAUUGCAACGAUGCUCACGUAGCACAAGCUGGCAUCGGAAUCGGUGAGAGAGAAGUGCUUCAAAGCAACGCAUAUUUGCUGUUCUAUAUUCGUUCGAAAUAAUAUAUCAACUCUUCGAAUAUCUAUUCCAA